AUGUCGUCACAAGGUCCUGCAUCUUCAAGGCAAGCAUCCUCCCAAUUAGCACCUCCAAACACCUCUAAGCUUGUUUCAACUUCAGUCGCACACCACACCUUGGCUGCAAUCUCACAAACAACGUCAAUUGUCACAUCUGCUCAGAAUCUCAGUCCUGAUGUUGUGCUUCUAGCCACUGCUGUCAUCAAUGUUAAGAACAGCGCAGGUACAUGGGUGCCAUGUCGUGCACUGCUCGACUCAGGGUCGCAGUUGCAUAUUAUAACGUCUCGUCUUGCUCAUCAACUGCAGUUGCGAAAAACCAAGUCAUCCACCUACGUAUCAGGUCUUGGUAAUGCAAACUUCGCCUCUGAUGGUUUGACUGUCAAUAUUACUAUUCAGUCUCAAAACUCGGAGUACUCUACCUGCAUUACAGCGUUGGUUGCUCCUAACAUAACGGACAAUCAACCCUCUUUUACUUUGGAUAUUUCUCAUUGGAAAAUACCGUCGAACAUUUGUUUAGCAGAUCGAGGUUUUUUCAAGUCGCAACGAAUAGACAUGCUUAUUGGAGCCAGCCUCUUCUAUGAUCUCUUAUGCAUUGGACAAAUAAAGUUAGCUCACGGUCUACCGUGCCUACAGAAAACUAGGUUAGGAUGGGUUGUAACAGGUGGUGAAUCGCAGCGGCAAAGGGGAGCGAUAUUGGCCGCACAGUCAUCACUUGACAUAGGUUACGAAUCCAAUGUUCAAAUCGAUCAACUAGUACGUAGAUUUUGGGAGGUUGAAAGUUGCUGUGAAUCUGUCGCCACAUACUCCAAAGAAGAGCUUGACUGCGAGGCGCAUUUUAAGGCCAAUUAUUUGCGUUUGUCUACAGGGAACUAUUCGGUCCGGCUACCAGCAAAAGUUAAUAUUGAUCUCUUGGGCGGCUCUUAUCAACAAGCGUUUCGUCGUUUUCUUAAUCUAGAGCGAAAAUUGGACCGCCACCCACAGCGGAAGGCCCAAUAUGCAGCAUUCAUACGGGAAUAUUUGAAUCUAGGACAUAUGUCACUGGUUACUAAGAACAAUCUGCGGUAUUGCAAAUACUUUCUGCCGCAUCACUGUGUUUUGAAGGAAGAGAGCACAACUACAAAACUCCGCGUUGUAUUCGAUGGAUCUGCGGUUUCAUCUUCUGGAUACUCGUUGAACGACUUGCUUAUGACAGGACCCACCAUACAACCUAAGCUGUUCAACACAUUGCUUCGGUUUAGAACCUUUCCAAUCGCUUUGACGGGUGACAUAUGUAAGAUGUAUCGUUGUGUACGAGUCUCAGAGCCCGAUAGUUAUCUGCAGUGCAUCUUGUGGCGUGACUCCCCACAGCAGCCGGUCAACGUCUUUAAACUUGACACAGCCACUUAUGGUACAAGACCAGCUUCAUUCCUCUCAAUUCGUUCGAUGCACCAGUUAGCCAUUGAUGAACAAACUGUCUACCCCAUAGGCUCAAAAAUGUUAAAGCGCGAUUUUUAUGUCGAUGAUCUUAUUACAGGCGGUGAGUCCAUUCAAGAAGUCAAGGAAAUUAUGAGUCAAACUACAAAGCUGCUGGAAAAAGGAGGAUUCAAGUUGAGAAAGUGGUGCUCCAGUAAUCCUGAAUUGUUGCAGACGAUACCACCUGAUGAUCGAGAAACUCUACUUAAGUUCGACGAUGGAAGCGAUAUAGCUAAAACACUCGGUUUAACUUGGGAUCCUGCAUCAGAUUGCCUAUUGUUCGCGUUCUCACCAAUGCAGCCUUCAUCAAAACAUUGCAAGCGGUCCAUUUUGUCAACUAUUGCUCGUUUUUAUGACCCACUCGGUCUCAUCGGCCCUAUUAUUUCGAAGGCUAAAAUCUUUCUUCAACAAAUCUGGAAAGAAAGGCUUGACUGGGAUGAAAGUUUGCCUUCAUCACUACAUUCAUCGUGGCUUAGUUUGUGUGCAGAUUUUGGCCGCAUACCGCAAAUAAAGUUUCCCCGUUUGUCAAUACAGCAGAAUGGCGCCUAUGAAAUUCAUGGUUUUAGUGACGCCAGCAUCGAAGCAUACGGAGCUUGUCUUUACGUCGUGUCAGUCAGUCAAGGAAGAAACCAGGCGCAACUGCUAUGUUCAAAAUCUCGUGUAGCGCCCUUAAAAACUCUUACGGUUCCAAGGCUGGAGUUGUGCGGUGCCUCCCUGUUGGCGCAACUCAUGCAUGAAAUAGCUCAAAUACAACUUUUCUCGUGUCGAUAUUAUUGUUGGUCUGAUUCGGCGGUAGUGUUAUCCUGGAUCCGCGACGAACCUUCAAGAUUUCAAAUCUUUACAGCUAAUCGCAUAGCCACUAUACAGGAGUUGACUGCGGGUAUGGAAUGGCGCUACGUGCCUACGAAGUUUAACCCAGCUGAUAUUUUAUCCAGAGGUGCAACCUCUAACGACCUCAUUAACUCAUCUCUAUGGCUGCAUGGACCGGAUUUUUUAGCUCAAGAUAAAAACAAUUGGCCAAACCCUUGCAGUCAACAUGUUUUUGGUUACAUUUAUAAGUUCCAAAAUCGCUUGCGGCUUUCUGGACUGACUGUUGAUUGCAUACGGCGUGGCACAAAACUACUCCUGCGCACCAUCCAAAGGCUUCACUUCAAAGAGGAUCUCAAAUGCCUUCAAGCCGGUCAAGGUGUGAAGGCAUCUAGUUGCAUUGCGUCGCUCUCACCAUUCAUCGAUAGUUGUGGAUUGCUUCGUGUGGGUGGACGACUGAAAAAUUCAGCGCUCGACUUCGAGGCGCAGCAUCCAGUCAUACUGCCGAGGCGUCAUCCUGUCACUCAAGCAAUCAUUAUGCAUUUUCAUAGGCGCAAUUUGCACGCGGGUCCUCGUUCCCUACUAGCAUACAUUCGGCUGCAGUAUUGGCCUAUUGGCGGACGAAAAACUGUUUCGAACGUUGUAAGCAAAUGCACUCUAUGCUUCCGAGCUAAACCGCACUUAGCGGAACAUAUUAUGGCUGACCUUCCGGAAGAUAGGGUAAACUCAUCUUAUGCAUUUAUGGUCACAGGCGUCGAUUAUUGUGGACCAUUCCAUUAUAAAAACGAAAUACGCAACAAGCAACCCAUAAAAUGUUACAUUUGCAUAUUCAUAUGCUUUGCCACGAAAGCUGUGCACCUGGAGCUCGUAGCAGACUUAUCAACGAAGGCAUUCUUAAAUGCACUAAAGCGGUUCAUCCUAACGCGUUGUCGCCCCACUCGUAUAUGGUCGGACAACGCAACCAACUUUGUCGGCGCUAAGAAUGAGAUGGCAGAAUUAAAACGUUUAUUCCUGAGCGAUAAUCAUGUGCAAGCAGUUCAUGAAUUUUGUCUAGCUAAUACCAUAGAAUGGCAUUUCAUUCCACCUCGCUCUCCACACUUUGGUGGGCUUUGGGAAGCGGCCGUUAAAACUGUGAAAUAUCAUUUUCAUCGCUCGGUGGGCUCGUCAUUAUUAAACUUCGAUGAACUGCGCACACUUAUUUGCCACAUAGCGGCAAUUAUUAACUCAAGACCUUUGUUUCCACUUUCAGACAAUCCGGCUUAUUUAGACGUUCUAACUCCAGCUCACUUCAUUGGCACUGCUCCUAUCUCUACUUAUGUUGAACCAGAUGUCACGAAGAUUAACUUUAAUCGUUUGGAUCAAUGGCAGCGCGUAUCAUACUACCAACAGAUAUUUUGGACACGUUGGCGUGAGGAGUACUUAACUACCUUGCAGCAGCGCUCAAAGUGGCGCACACAGAAUUUCGAACUCUGCGUCAACGACAUAGUUUUAGUAAAGGACGAAAAUCUGCCUCCUCUCAAGUGGCCCCUAGCAAGAGUCACCGAACUAAUAUAUGGAUCAGAUCGUGUGGCACGUGUCGCUCAUGUUUUUGGUUACAUUUAUAAGUUCCAAAAUCGCUUGCGGCUUUCUGGACUGACUGUUGAUUGCAUACGCCGUGGCACAAAACUACUCCUGCGCACCAUCCAAAGGCUUCACUUCAAAGAGGAUCUCAAAUGCCUUCAAGCCGGUCAAGGUGUGAAGGCAUCUAGUUGCAUUGCGUCGCUCUCACCAUUCAUCGAUAGUUGUGGAUUGCUUCGUGUGGGUGGACGACUGAAAAAUUCAGCGCUCGACUUCGAGGCGCAGCAUCCAGUCAUACUGCCGAGGCGUCAUCCUGUCACUCAGGCAAUCAUUAUGCAUUUUCAUAGGCGCAAUUUGCACGCGGGUCCUCGUUCCCUACUAGCAUACAUUCGGCUGCAGUAUUGGCCUAUUGGCGGACGAAAAACUGUUUCGAACGUUGUAAGCAAAUGCACUCUAUGCUUCCGAGCUAAACCGCACUUAGCGGAACAUAUUAUGGCUGAUCUUCCGGAAGAUAGGGUAAACUCAUCUUAUGCAUUUAUGGUCACAGGCGUCGAUUAUUGUGGACCAUUCCAUUAUAAAAACGAAAUACGCAACAAGCAACCCAUAAAAUGUUACAUUUGCAUAUUCAUAUGCUUUGCCACGAAAGCUGUGCACCUGGAGCUCGUAGCAGACUUAUCAACGAAGGCAUUCUUAAAUGCACUAAAGCGGUUCAUCCUAACGCGUUGUCGCCCCACUCGUAUAUGGUCGGACAACGCAACCAACUUUGUCGGCGCUAAGAAUGAGAUGGCAGAAUUAAAACGUUUAUUCCUGAGCGAUAAUCAUGUGCAAGCAGUUCAUGAAUUUUGUCUAGCUAAUACCAUAGAAUGGCAUUUCAUUCCACCUCGCUCUCCACACUUUGGUGGGCUUUGGGAAGCGGCCGUUAAAACUGCGAAACAUCAUUUUCAUCGCUCGGUGGGCUCGUCAUUAUUAAACUUCGAUGAACUGCGCACACUUAUUUGCCACAUAGCGGCAAUUAUUAACUCAAGACCUUUGUUUCCACUUUCAGACAAUCCGGCUGAUUUAGACGUUCUAACUCCAGCUCACUUCAUUGGCACUGCUCCUAUCUCUACUUACGUUGAACCAGAUGUCACGAAGAUUAACUUUAAUCGUUUGGAUCAAUGGCAGCGCGUAUCAUACUACCAGCAGAUAUUUUGGGCACGUUGGCAUGAGGAGUACUUAACUACCUUGCAGCAGCGCUCAAAGUGGCGCACACAGAAUUUCGAACUCUGCGUCAACGACAUAGUUUUAGUAAAGGACGAAAAUCUGCCUCCUCUCAAGUGGCCCCUAGCAAGAGUCACCGAACUAAUAUAUGGAUCAGAUCGUGUGGCACGUGUCGCUGUACUAAAAACUGCAAAUGGAGUCAUACGAAGAGCCAUCCGAAAGCUAUGCCCAUUGCCAAGACAGGAUGAGGUUGAAAGCCCGGGUCUUCCAACGGGGGGAGGAUGUUUGGUUAUGCAGAAAGCAGCGCAGUCAGCGCAACCAACAUAA